AUGACUGGAGGUUCGUCAAGCCCGGGCCUUGAAUACGACAACUUGGAGGCCAGAAUGAACGCGCCGCUGGGGGCAUGGCCCGGUGACAUGGACAUUGCUGACCUCGACGGGGAGCAAUUCUCCGCGACCGAGCAUGCGAUCGUCCGCUCGACCCGAGACAACCAGCACGUCUUCAAGUAUUACUACAGCCUCACCGGCGAGGAUUUGACCCCACGGAUUACGCGCGAAAUGCGUAUGAUGCUGCUGGCGGGUGAAGACAUCUCCGUGAAGGUCGAGGGCCGACUAAUCGUUGGCGGCAUACUUGAAGGGUUCGUCAUGCCCCGCGAAACUGUCCUUGACCUAGAGCGCCCCAAGGACAUAAAGCGUGGUUGGAUAGGGCAACUGCAGAGUCUGGUGUCCAAUAUGCACAACAAGGGCAUCCUCCAUGGCGACAUCAAGCCCACCAACGUUCUUGUUACAGCCAGCGGAAGACUCGUGUUGUGCGACUGGGCGGCAGCGCAACUCAAAGCGGAAGCAAAAGCUCCCAACGAGGGGACAAGUGCAUACCAGAGUCCAUGGAGAUGCCGCCAUUACGAGCUUCCUCUCUGCGAAUCCGACGACCUGUACGCCCUCGGCAUAUCAAUCUGGGAAAUUUGGCUCGGUAAACUGCCGUUCAGCCUUGAGCGGCAGGAAUAUUCGCUAGAACAACAGAUCGCCAAUGGGCUCAAGCCUGACCUUGAUGCCGUCGACGACGAGAACAUACGCAGCUUAAUUGAAAUGUACCUGAACUCGCAGCCCUAA